AUGUCUUCACAAACGGAGUCCCUGAAAUGGUCGGCUCAACUCGUUGUUGCCCCUCCAAAUCGUCGUCUGGCGGGCGACAAGAUCACCUUGCCACAAUCUGCCCUCGAAGCCUUGCUGGCUGCCGCACCUGUCGUAUCGAUCCCGGAUCCUGCCAACAGGAACCUGACCUCCUCCUUUGACCCCUUUAAUCCCUAUUCUUUCGCCGCUGAGCGCCGUGCUCGUGCAGCCUUCGGAAACCAACAGCAGCAACUCCCUCACCCUCUCACAUUCCGCAUUGUCAAUCCUCGCAAUGGUAGAGCGGUGUUUGCUGGUAUCCGGGAAUUCUCCGCUGCUGAAGGGACCGUUGGACUGAGCAGCGGUCUGCAAGAAGCUCUGGGUAUACAAAGCGCAGCGUCGUCUGCCUCCACCACCCGCGAAAGUACUCCGAGCGAGGAUGUGAUCAUGACCAAUGGCACAAAUACUCCUAGAGGACCGACCGUCACCAUACAGGCGAAGCAAUUGGAAAAAGGCACUUAUGUGAAGCUGAGACCGCUAGAAGCAGGAUAUGACCCUGAAGAUUGGAAAUCGCUGCUCGAACGUUACCUACGGGACAACUUCACUACCUUGACUCGUGGCGAACUGCUUGUGGUCCCCGGCGCGCGUCAUGAGAAAUUCCGUUUCUUGGUGGAUAAAUUCGAACCAGACGAGGAUGGAGUGUGCAUUGUUGACACAGAUCUUGAGGUGGAUAUUGAGCCUCUGAACGAAGAGCAGGCACGCGAGACAUUGAAUAAAAGCCUCGCAAAGAAAAAGCCAGUGCACGAAUCACAAGACGGCAAUUCCAUCGGAGGACUGCUGAGUCUGGAUUCCGAGGUAGCGGGGAAAGUGCUGCCAGGACACUACGUCGACUAUGAACUGAAAGACUGGGAUCGAAAACAAGAUCUGGAGGUGACAUUGCAGGCUGAGGAUGACAAUGCCACUCUCAAUCUUCUCGUGAGUCCCUUUUCCUCACAUCAACGGUCAAAGCCUCGAGAGGACGAAUACGUGUUCGGCGAUUUGGGCACACGACCAACAAAGCGGCUCAAACUCUCCCACACGAGUGUCGACCUCGAAAACGCAGAGUACUUGAGCAUUGCUGUUCACGCUUGGAGGGACCAGAACGACGACCCUGAGGACUCGGAACCCCCAAUCUCAUACAGUCUCAAAAUCAAGGCAGGCACUGGGCAAUUCGAAACCAUGGAGACUUCUCCUCCAGAGCUCUCUCCAGAUGAGGUACUAUGCAAAAACUGUCACCAAGUGGUUCCCAAACGGACACUUCCGCUACACGAAGCAUUCUGCUACAGAAAUAACGUUCUUUGUCCAAACUGUUCAGGCGUGUUUCUGAAGAACUCGGAUGCGUGGAAAAAUCACUGGCACUGUCCUCAUGACGAGGAACAUGGCAACGAUUUGGUCUCCCGUCAGAAACACGAAUCUAUCUCUCACCCACAGACCCCAUUACAAUGUCCAAAUUGCGAAUUUCAAGCUUUUGAUCUUCCGAUCUUAGCUCAUCAUCGGACGACGACCUGUCCGGGAAAGGAGAUCCUCUGCCAAUUUUGCCAUCUAGUCGUCCCCCAACAAGGCCCUGAGGAUGCUUCGUUCACAGACCCCGAGGUGCUGAUGUCGGGGCUUACUCCUCAUGAGCUCGCCGACGGUGCACGCACAACCGAAUGUCAUCUCUGCAAUAAGAUCGUUCGGUUACGAGACAUGAAGACACACCUAUUACUCCAUGAUCGGGAAAGGUUCUCCAGACCGAAGCCGAGACUUUGCUCUAACCAGAUAUGUGGUCGGACCAUUAAACCCGAGGAUGAGCCAAGGGUGCAAAAAGAGCAGCUUGGCCUGUGUAACGAGUGUUUUGGCCCGUUAUACGUUACGAACUACGAUCCCGAAGGGAAGAUGCUGAGGCGAAGAAUUGAACGACGACUGUUGCAGCAGCUAAUGGGAGGCUGCGGCAAGCCUUGGUGUGGCAAUGCAGACUGCAAGACAGGUCACAAGCAUCUCAAAGGCGAGGACAGAGUUGUAUCUGCCAAGGACGGUUUAGCUAUGGUGAAACCUAUCAUCGACGAUAUCUCUCGUGGCGUUACGUCGUCCAUGGUCUUCUGCGUCGAUGAAGCUAGCCAGUCACGGCGGAACCUCGCAGCAAUGUUGGCCGGCGAAGGCAACUACGAGUUGGCAUGGUGUGUCAAAGCAUUGGAAGAGGCGAAGGGAGACCUGGACCGAGCGAGAGACUGGCUUAAACACCGAGCUCCUCAUAUUGGCGAGGUUCUUUCGUGA